AAUUUUUUGGUCCUACAAAAACUUCAGUAGCAAAGGGUAGAGGUUAGAGGAGAGAAAUAAAAAAAAAAUGGGUAAGCUUGGCUGCAGCAUCGAUGGGAACCUGAAUGAAACCAAGUUCAGUGAGCCGAUGCCAUGGAUUGGCAUCUACAUAGCAGCAGCAUCUCUGGCCUGUGCAGUUGCCAUGGCAUCAGAUGCUAUCUGUGGCUUCCGCCACCGCAAAUUCUGGUUUCCUUGCAAAUUUUUCUCCAUCAACGCCACUUCCCUUACCGUAAUAGGAGUUGCCAGCAAACUGUCUGUGGAUCUAAACACGCCCAUGCCACGCCACAUGGAUCAGCUUGCAAAACUCAGCAGCACUGUCUUGAUCUGCACAGUAAUGGGUAAUUCUAUGCCUUCUUUAGGAACUAUGGAGAACACAGAAAUCUUAUCAAAUGUUGUUGCUUUAGGAAUCCUUGUUGUUACUCUUUUUGUGAACAUCUGCAUCCAGAUAGGUACUGGUGUUAUAUUUGUUUUCUGGAAAGAGCAUGCCUUUGUCCUGUUUCUAAUGAUUGUUUUGCUCGUAAUCUUCAGUUUUUCAUCUUUGACUGUUCCAACUAACAAGCGUUAUUUAGAACAAAAGUACAAGAAAAAGUAUGAGUUGGUUAUGAAAGAAUGCUCUUAUGGAACAGAGAAGAGUACUGCAGGGGUUAAGAAACUCAAAGAAGAUCUCAUGAGAUUUUGGAUGAUGGCUCAUACCUCUAGCCCCCAGUUUGUGAUGGGUCGAUCUGUAACAUGUACAGCUACAGGUGCGUUGUGUCUCCUGAGUGCUGCAACUCUAGCAGAAACCAUGCUUCGAUCUUACUUGCUGCCCCAGUCAUUUGAGUUCUGCAAAGGGGAAUCAGAUUAUAAGUGGUCGAUUGCUUUAAUUCUAGUUACACAGACUAUUGCAGUGGCAGUGGGUACUAUUGCUCCAGCAACUAGAUGGUUUACUGCAAUCAAGUUCAGGUGCGCGAAAAGAGGGAGGGAAAGUUGCAGACAAGAGUUUCAAUUAGAAGGAUACUGGAUUAAAACACUAGUGGAGAUGAAAGAGUGCCCGUUAGGCAUACCAUUUCGUAAUCGGUAUUGCAGGAAACUUGUCCAUGAUGCCAAGAAACUUUGUCUCAACUUGUGUAUUGCAGUACAGAUAGGAAUUGUGUUCAUCAGCAAAGUGAUCAGGAUGAUUUCCAUUUCUUUUGUGGCUCGGAUUUGGUUAUGCUUGGACUUCUGUAGUAAGCUGAAGUCCAAGGGCAAACACAGCACUACUAAUGAUCCUGGAUCAGAGUCACAGUCUAGCACAAAGUCUGAUCUUAGUCGUUUUGUUCUGCAUCUUGAAGGUGAGGAUGUGUUGGUUAAGAUAAUGAUGAAAAAUAACCGCGAUGCUACUGAGUAUUGGAUGCACAGAGCACAAAGGAAGCAACCAAGGUACCUAAAAAAGCUGUUAGAAAUACCAAGAGCUUCUAAAUAUUUUGAAGGGGUGAAGGAGUUUGAUAGUAACCAAGUACCAUGUCUUGACGCCGAACUGCCUCCAAACUGUUGGGCUCUUCCUGUGGUGACACUGGCAAGCAUUGCGGUUGCACUCCCAUCUAUUGAUGGUUAUUCACUAAAAAUGCUGAUAUAUGGUGUAAAUGAAGGUCUUACAUAUGUCAGACACAUAGAGAACACCCUGAACUGUAAGAAGGAUUUGACAAACAUCAGAUCGGCUGCAGAGGUUGUAUGGCUGGGUGUUGAACUGUGUCAAAGGUGGUUAGAUGUGGAUCUUCAUAAGCUGUCCCUUGAAGGAAAAGCCCCUAGGGAAAUACUGGAAGUGCUUUCUGAUUCUGCAAAGAACAAGCUCAUGGAAUUUAAAAAAGUUAGUAUCAGAAUGAAUCUGUGUCUAGUGGAUGCUUCAAAAUGGCCCAUCAAGGCAUUGGCUGCUAAUUCUAUGUAUAGAAUCAGCCAAACCAUUUUGCAAAAUUGUGAAAGCAGAAAAUAUGAGACUGGUGAAAGAUUAUUCGAAACACUAACUGCCAUGAUCUCUGAUAUUCUUAGUGCUUGCCUCACCAACUUACAACGUGCCAUAUUAGUCAAGUGUUUGAGCAGCACCAUUGAAGAAAGGGAGGAUUGUGUUCGACAGGCAGUUCACCUUCUAGGACAAACUGAGAAGAUUAUCAAACUUCUAGAGCAGAAGACACUUCCCACUCUGGAUCCUGAUCAAAUGGCAGACAUUGAUGAAUGGCGGGUAUCCUACAAGCUGGAGAAUCCAUCACUACUGCACAAUUUCCCUUCCUCCGAAAGUGAAACAGUUUGUUCCACUUCUAGUGCUAGCGAAGUAUACCUGACCAUUGAGGACAACAGGCAUGGAACUGAAAAAAUAGAUUCAUCAUGUGAUUGACAAACAUUUUAUUUCAUUGUGUUCAUAUAUGAUGUGUGACAAAGUCGGUUGUAGCGCUCUCAUUCAGUAGUAGAUGGGAUAAUAUGGGAAGAUACAUAUUUUCACAUUGUAAAGAUUACUAAUCAAGGUCUUGUAUAUUA